AUGCAUUGGCCCAGGACGUCUCCCGACGAUGGAAGGCGCCCAGUCUACCUAGCCGGCCUCCCCUUCUCCUGCCUCGGCUCGUACCAGAUCGCUGUCUCUCAGAGCAUCUACCACCUCAUCUUCUGGCGCUUCGUGCAGAAUGUGGGCAUGUCGGGCGGCAUGUCGCUCGGCGCCGGCGUUAUCGGGGAUAUAUACAAGCUGGAGGAGAGGGGCUUUGCUAUGGGGGUGUUUUAUGGGGCCAGUCUUCUUGGGCCGGCAAUAGCGCCUCUCACUGGAGGCAAGUGCAUUGCGACUCACUACUCAUCUUGGCGGAUGCUGCAAUGGGGUUUCCUGAUCUAUGGCUUAGCGCUGUUGGUCUUGAUGGUGCUCUGGCUCCCCGAGACAAGCCAUCCAGGUACUCUCGGCAUAGAAAAGGUAUUUGAUGACCAGAACCAACAAGUACCUCGGUGUACGCCAUCGCGUCGGCACUGGAGAUGGAUUUCGGUGCGUCGUUUCUCCGCUUUCCUGCGUAACGCUACCCGCCCUCUCACGCGAUCUCCCAUUGCAGUCCUUCUUGUACCUCUCGCUUUUACAAUCGGAGCCAAGUACGGUAUCACGAACGAGGCCCUGAUCGGCGCCGUCUUCAUCCCGUGCGGUAUCGGCAACGUCGGCGAUACUGACUCCCAUCAAACGACAGUCGGCGCCCCUCUGGCGGGCCUCCUCUCCGACCGCAUCGUCCGCACCUCCCGCUCAAAAUGCUCAAAACGCUCAGAAUCCGGGCGCGCGGGCGCGGAGGGGGGGUGGUACCCCGAGGACCGCCUCCGCACGACCCUCAUCGGCGCAGCGGCGUGCGUCCCGCUCUCCGUCCUCCUCGCCGGCCUCGCGAUCGCGUACGUCCCCGGCCGCACGGGGCUCAUCGUGUGUCUGGGAUGCCUGUUCCUGAACGGGAUCGGGGUGCGUGUAUCUCUAUCCCUCUCACCGCGCCUGCAUAUGCCUAUGCCUAUGUGCGCCUGGUAUGGUAGUGACGACUGA